AACACACUUACGCACACACACACCGACUCGCUCACCUCGCACAGGUGUGUGCGUGUAGGUGCCCGACUCUCUGGCUCUCUCCCCUCACUCUGUCCUCCUCCCACCACUCUGCCCGUUUUGGGGAGUGUGUAGGUAUAGCUCUCCCUCUCGCUCCCGCACGUUGCUGUGUGUUUAUUUCAGUGUCACCGGGGAGACAGAUUAGCUCUUGUCCGCCUGUUGUCGUAAAUAUAACGCACACACUGGCACAGGCGACACACAUGCAUACAUAUAUAUAAAUGGAAGUUGCUGCUGCCUGUGCUGGCUGUGUGUAUUUAAUUCAUUUUCGAGGUUUUAAUGCGCAACAACUGCGACUAGGAGACAAAAAAAUUUAUAUAAAAAAAAAAAACAAACAAAAGCUCCGUUGAGAAUUUAGAAAGCCAAAUGUAAACACACACGCAGCUGUGUGUGUGUGUAGGUGUAGGUGUGUUGCAUUGUACUUCCGAAAACUAAGAAACAAAUAUGAAAAAAACCCGCACAGUUGCAAAGCGAAAUCUCAAGCUGCCGCACACAGACUCACACACAAAGCCCAUUCAAUAAUUUUCCCAAAACUAAACUUGCAGUGUAAGAACAAUAAACAGAAAGCAAAAAGCGCACAGAGAAAAGAAAAGAAAAAGUUGCGAUCUCUCCGAGCAACAAGUACUGGUGCACUAAUACACGCGCGCGAAGAAGAUAGUGCCACGACAAAAAAGAGAAAGAAAACAGAAAAGGAGCAGCAGCUUAAAUAGAGUGAGAUACCAAAGCCAAAAGUGAGACGGAGAGGAGCGCAAUGGAGGCCACCGGCAGCACCACGACACCGGACUUGAAUCGCGGCGAUGCCACCAGGAAGAGUGUCCGCCUGUAUGCAGCCCGUAAGGGGGCAGCACCGGCGCCGCCCAAGCUCAGCGUUGCAACCUCCCCCAGUUCCGCCAGCAACCCAACUAAUAGUAAUAACAACAACACCAACAACAACAGCAGCAGCGACAACUUGCCAGAAACGGAAGUGGACCGAACAUAUCUUGCCACCAAGGAUCUCGGAUCCCUUGCAAUCGUCGACGACGAAAGUGUUGUGGAGCUGCGCCGACGAGAAGUGAAGGCUGCUCCUCUGCCCCGUGUAGCGGUGUCCGCCCUUCCCACGCUUCAACCCCAUCCGCAGCCCAGGGCUCCGGAGCGCCUACAGAAGCUACCGGCGCCACGCAACCUUCUGUCCACCGAGGACGAUGCUGGGGUAUCUUUCGCCCUCGGCUCUAUUGAGAAGCACAUCCACAACGUGGAGGAGAGCUUUAAGCAGCAUCAACAGCAGCAGCAAAACUCCCAAUCCUCGAUGGACGUGAUGAAGAUGGAAAUAAAGCGCAAACAGAGCAAGCGUUACGGCGAAACGGAGAACCUGCUGCGGCCCGGCAUCAGUGACAUGUCCUCGGAGAACGAUUUCCAGUAUUUGGGCGGACGCAGGGCAGGUGAACUGGAUGACAGCAACGAGCUGAUGCUCUCGGAAUUCCAACGCGGCAGCGACGGUCGCAAUUCAAUUGGUGCCUACUCCAAGAACUCGGCGGCAGCCUCCGGCGGAUCGAGUGCCGUGAAGGCCAAGCUGGCACGCACUGCUUCCGAUACGAAGAACAAUGACACCGUGCUGGCCAUGCGCGCCACUCUCAAGCAGAAGCAACAUAUGCAGGACGAGAAGCAGCCGGCGGUAUGGCGGCCUGCUGGCACUGCCCCCACUCCGGCGGCCAGAAGUUCCUUCACCACCUCAACCUCCACCAGUACCUCUGGGUCAACUAGUCGCGGAGGCAGCAGCAACAGUGUGGUGGACGGAGUGGCGCCAUCCAAAGUGACGGCCACCACCAUAUCUGCGGCCAAACGACGAGAGGAGAAUUUGAGGCAAUUCGAAGCUUUACUGGCCCAGAAGUCAUCCCACCGACACGCAUCCUCAGGCGGAGGAGGAUCAGGUGCUUCGGGGACCGGCAGCAGUGCAGCCAGCUCUAAGCGCCGUUCGGAGCGUCCAAUUGUGGCUCCAAUUCCGCCGUAUAAUUCCAGCCGGACAGAGCAUGUAACAACCAGCAGCUCUGCAAGUAGCUCGGCCAGAGCUAGCGCGGAUCACAGAUCCACUACGACGCAUAGUUCGGGAUCUGGGUCUGGGGCUGCUGGUCCGCCGCCAGUGGGACAUCAUCGUAGUAGCCACGCUCCCAGUGCGGUGUCGAACCGCAGCAAUGUAUACAGCAACCAUGUUGCACAGGGUUCGCCUAACAUGCAGAUGCGGAGUAGUGCUCCUAUGCGAUGGCGUGCUACGGAGGAGCACAUCGGCAAAUAUAAACUCAUCAAGACGAUUGGCAAGGGUAACUUUGCCAAGGUGAAAUUGGCUAAGCACCUGCCCACCGGCAAGGAGGUGGCCAUCAAGAUAAUUGACAAGACCCAACUCAAUUCUGGGUCACUUCAGAAACUCUUUAGAGAGGUUAGGAUAAUGAAGAUGCUGGAUCACCCCAACAUAGUUAAAUUGUUCCAAGUAAUAGAAACGGAGAAGACGCUUUAUCUGAUCAUGGAGUAUGCGUCAGGUGGAGAAGUUUUCGACUAUUUGGUUCUACACGGACGCAUGAAGGAGAAGGAGGCACGCGUUAAGUUUCGACAAAUUGUCUCAGCUGUGCAAUACUGUCAUCAAAAGAGAAUAAUACACAGGGACUUAAAAGCUGAAAACCUUUUGCUGGACAGCGAAUUAAACAUCAAAAUCGCAGACUUUGGCUUUUCAAACGAGUUCACGCCCGGCUCAAAGCUGGACACGUUCUGUGGCAGUCCACCGUACGCGGCCCCAGAAUUGUUUCAGGGAAAGAAGUACGAUGGACCCGAGGUUGAUGUGUGGUCGCUGGGUGUUAUCCUGUAUACGUUAGUGAGCGGUUCCCUGCCCUUUGACGGCUCCACAUUAAGGGAGCUGCGCGAGCGUGUGCUCAGAGGCAAAUAUAGAAUUCCCUUCUAUAUGUCGACUGACUGCGAAAACUUGCUCCGAAAAUUCUUAGUACUGAAUCCCGCAAAGCGUGCUAGUCUAGAAACAAUCAUGGGCGACAAGUGGAUGAACAUGGGGUUUGAGGAGGACGAACUCAAGCCCUAUAUUGAGCCCAAGGCCGAUUUAGCCGAUCCCAAGCGGAUAGGUAAGACGGAAGCUCUAGUCGCGAUGGGCUACAAUCGGCAGGAUAUCGAGGCUUCGCUCUCGCAGGUGCGCUACGACGAUGUGUUUGCCACGUAUUUGCUGCUGGGACGCAAGAGCACGGACCCGGAAAGUGACGGAUCGCGGUCUGGCUCCUCGCUAUCACUGCGCAACAUCUCGGGCAACGAUGCAGGCGCCAACGCUGGCAGUGCGAGUGUGCAGAGUCCCACGCAUCGGGGUGUCCACCGGAGCAUAUCGGCGUCCAGCACGAAGCCUAGUCGCCGAGCCUCGUCCGGUGCGGAAACAUUGCGCGUUGGACCGACAAACGCUACAGCAACUGUGGCUGCGGCGGCGGCGGCUGGCGGAGGCGUCGGUUCUGUAAAUCCAAGCAAUAAUUACAAUGCUGCAGGAUCAGCGGCGGAUCGAGCGUCAGUUGGCAGCAACUUUAAGCGUCAGAACACCAUUGAUUCGGCUACGAUUAAAGAGAAUACAGCGCGACUUGCCGCACAAAAUCAGAGACCCGCUUCGGCCACCCAAAAGAUGCUCACCACGGCAGACACAACACUAAAUAGUCCCGCCAAGCCGCGAACGGCAACGAAGUACGACCCGACGAACGGCAAUCGCACAGUUAGCGGCACCAGUGGCAUCAUUCCACGCCGCUCCACCACGCUGUAUGAAAAGACUUCGUCGACGGAGAAAACCAAUGUUAUUCCUGCAGAGACAAACAGUGGAUCGGCAGCUCCCGUUGGGAAGGGCCAUACCAAAAGCGCGUCUGUAUCGAGUCCUCGCCCCUCUGCGGACGGAUGCGUCUCGGUCUCGAAUGACCCGCUCGGAACGAGUCUGUUCGAUCGACUUAGAAUGGCAUCGGCUGUUAAAUCAAGCAGACACUUUCCAAGGAAUGUUCCAUCACGUUCAACCUUUCACUCUGGUCAAACCAGAGCACGAAACAACACAGCGUUGGAAUACUCGGGCACAAGCGGUGCCUCCGGCGACUCCUCGCAUCCGGGUCGCAUGAGCUUCUUCUCCAAACUCUCCUCACGUUUUAGCAAACGUCAGACAACCACGGAAGAGCCGGCAAAACCACGAGUAUUGCGCUUCACCUGGUCCAUGAAGACAACUUCGCCACUGAUGCCCGAUCAGAUAAUGCAAAAGAUCCGGGAAGUGUUGGACCAAAACAACUGUGACUAUGAACAGCGCGAGCGAUUUGUCCUCUGGUGCGUGCAUGGAGAUCCCAAUACCGACUCCCUGGUGCAGUGGGAAAUUGAGGUGUGCAAGCUGCCACGCCUGUCCCUGAAUGGAGUUCGAUUCAAGCGAAUUUCCGGCACCAGCAUUGGCUUCAAGAACAUUGCGUCUCGCAUUGCUUUUGACCUCCGGCUGUGACUUAACCAAACGAACAACGAGGGGAAUGCUGCCGCCGCCGCCGCCUCAGGGGCCACCGAGCCGCCCGACAACAUCUCCACCGCCGCCACAACCUGUCGGAGAGCCAGCAACGACAGCACCUCCCGGCUGUCGGAGCUCUCGCUGCUGUGCCGCUCGUUAACUAGUCAGCAGGGGGGCUCUCAGCGGCGGAAGAAAAGCAGGCUGUCCACGGGCGGCAGCGAAGAUCAAAAGAAAUCCAACUCGUUGCUGUCGGCGUUUCAAAUGUAUUCACCGUUUAGUUCUAAGGAGAACUUGCAGUCCAGUGAAGAGGUGCAAGACCUUCAGGUGAUUGACACCCAGCCUGGUCACUCGAUAGAUGUACCCCUGUACCAAGCUGACUUUAAUCCAAUUAAUCCGAUUUUGGAAGAAGAGCCCGCCGAUAUCGCGGAUAAUAAAAGGAGUGACAAAGGUGGCGGAGAUGGGGAUGGUGCUGGUAGCAGUGGACACAAGAGCAAGGGUGAUGGCGGCGGCAAUCGUUUGAAGCGAAACAUCAAGCACACUGGGAGUUUAAUUGUGCGUAAAUUGACGUCGGCCAGGCAAGGCGACACGGACAAAAAGGGAGGUGCGACUGGAAAGAAGGAAAAGGAGCAGCAGGAAACGGCAGGAACGGAUAAGGAGAAACCAAGCAACAGCAAGCCGGAAGGAAAGAUAGCCAUGCUACGCACCACAACCCUCUAAUGCAAUGGAACAUGGCUGCGUGGCAUGGAAAUCAACUUGAAUUGUGGGUCUGUUUGUAUGGAUCCCUGCUGGAAUCUCAAAAAAACAAAAAAAAUAUGAAUGUUAGCAUCUCUCUCUGUAGAUGGAACGUAUAGAAUAUAUAUAACUACACAUAACAAUCAAGCGCAGACAAACUCCUCCUCUAUCUAUCAACACUGACAUGCAUUAGCACCCACAUACAUAGAUACGCACAUAUUUACAUACGUUAAUUAAUAGGGAACUAGUUAAUGGGCCAGCACAGGAGCAUUGGUCAAUAGCGAGAGCAGGAGCGGAGGCAGGAGCAGAGCUGAAAGAUACACAAGUGAAUAACUAAAGGGUAACAGACAGAAACACACAACACUCAAUAAAACAAUAACAAUAAAUAUAUUAACAAGAAACCAAUCAACGCUCUAUAAACUGCAUUUAUGUGCCGAUAUAUCCAGUAAACAAUUUUGCUUGGCAAACAAACAAAACGAUCAAAGAACACAAUAUAUAACAUAGAUAUCCAAACUCGGGUUGUUUCAUUUUAAACCAUAUUUUUCAAUAAAAAGAGAAAGAAUAAGGCACGAGGUAUGUUUAAUAUAAAAUGUAUUCAUGAUAGCCAAAGUUCUUCUUCUACUGUAUCGGGAUGUGUUGUUGAAUCCCAAGACACCAACACCAACACCAACACGAACACGAACACCAUUAAUUGUAAUUAUUAGGCUCGUGCUCGGGAAUACGUAUAUAGUUGGUACUUACA